CAGCCUGCGGGACGGGGAGCCUCCAGUUAUCCAGUAACUUGUAUGGAGGAGUCGGACGGCUCUGCUCAGGGCUGGACCCGCACAGACUACAGGGCAGACGCUGCUGGAAGCUGCCAUUGAUUUCCACAUUAGGUGCAUUCCUUUAAAUCAUGUCCGAAAGCCCAGUGAAAAGUAACCCUGAUGUCGGCAGCAGUGGAAAUAACGGGACAAAGGGAGGAUGCGGCGUCCGAAUGGAAGAUCCCGACGAGAAAUUACUUCUGGCGGCUGCAUAUGUUUACGAUGCUCAGUAUAACAGAAACAUUCCCUUUGAGACCUCACCCGAAGCCGUCAGACUUUACUAUUUUUACAACCACUGGGCUAUGCAAGUAGCCACCUAUAUCUGCAUCACAGUUGACUUGGCACUGGCCAUUUUUGAAGAACCUGCGGUCUACCCUCUUCCGUUUCUGGCUACCUCUAUAGUUGAGGUCUUCUGCUUACUUGCUUUCUUUGGCCGGCUCGUACAUUUUAGUAAAGUCACUCCUCAAAGUGUUUUCUGGAAGGACACAAAGAACAUUUGUGUAAUGGUCACAAUAUUUCUCAACUUAAUAGAUUUGAUUAUCCAUGGAUCUUUGCUGAUUGCGCAUAUACCUAUUGUUCGAUGGUCUAGAGUGCUACGUCCAAUUUACCUGGUUAAUUUUGCUGAAAGUCGACAGAUCCGACGAGCGUUCCGUAGCAUCAGAAACACAUUACCCGAGAUCCUCUAUGUCUUCCUUCUUUUCAUUUUCAGCGUCCUCAUGUUUUCACUCAUGGCUCAAAAACUUUUGGAAAGCAGAAAACUUAUUACAUCUGAAGGAGGACCUUACUUUGAAAACUACCUUGAAGGUGUGUUUAAUCUUUACGUGUUGGUGACUACCGCUAACAGCCCUGAUGUCAUGAUGCCAGCGUAUGACUACAGCUGGUGGUAUUCCAUCUUCUUCAUAGCCUACAUUAUUCUGAAUACUUAUAUUUUCAUGUCCGUCUUCUUAGCUGUUGUGUACAACAAUUACAGAAAACAUUUAAAAAAUGAAAUCCGUAAAUUGGCUUAUAUGAAGCGACGCAAGAUGGCAGAUGCAUUCAAUGCUUUGAAAGUACAAGAAGGGUCAGAAUUUGUGAUUUCAGAAACGACAUGGCUAAAAUUAGUAAAGCUGGUGGCACCAGACAUCAGUAACUCCCACAGGGAGUUACUCUUAAGAGUGUCUAAAGAAGACGACCAAAGAUACGUGGGAAAGGAAGCUUUCAUUCGCUUGGCGGAUUUGUUGAACAUUCAGGUGAUCACUAUGAAGACUCGUAUGCAUCCCAUAGAAUGCUGGAUGCCUCACCUGUACAGAUGUGCAGCAAGUCGCUUUAUCCGCAGGGUCGUCCUUCAUAAAGGCUUUAUAUAUGCUUUUGACGUCGUCAUUGUUGUAAAUGCCAUUUUCAUUGCCCUGGAUGACAAAAACCCAUUGAUAGCCAAUGCCGAGUGGGUGUUCCUCUCCCUCUAUGUCAUAGAGAUACUUCUCAAACUCUACACAUAUGACCCCAGAACCUUCUUUGCUAAGAGCCAGUUUUGGAAUUGGUUUGACACCUUUAUCAUCAUUGCUGCUCUUGUCGCUACAUCUGUGAACACGGUGCUGAAAUCAGAGAGUCUGUAUAACAGUCAAGAGAUUCUAGACAUUGUCUUCAUUCUUCGUGUCCUCCGGCUCAUAAGGAUCAUUGACAGUAUUCAGAGGUUUCGAGUCAUAAUGAACACAUUGAUAAACAUCCUUCCAACAAUGUUGACAUUUUGUGGCAUUAUCUUAACUAUAUACUAUGUUUUUGCCAUUAUCGGGAUGGAAGUUUUCAAGAACAAAAUCCGUUUCUUCCCUGAGAAUUCGAGUGAGCCUUACGCCCAGCAGUGCGGAGCCGAAGCCUUGAAGGACUCUUCCUUUGCCAAAAGCAAAUACUGCAAGAAUAACUUCAACAACUUGGGUUCUGCCUUUGUAGUUCUAGUGGAGCUGACUGUGGUUAACCAGUGGCAUGUUAUUGCUACUGGGUUUGCUCUUGUGACCCAUCCUGCAGCAAAAUUGUAUUUCAUUGCGUUCCACGUGGUGGUUGUCAUCAUGAUUAUUAACAUAUUCGUAGCUUUUAUUUUGGAAGCAUUUUUUGUGGAAUACUCCCUGGAGAAAAGUGAAGUUGAAACUGCCAUUGAAAAGAAGAUCCAGGAGCUAGGAAUGGCAGUACAGGAGGGAGAUAUUCCUACUGGGAACUUGGUGGACAAUAUGGACAAUUGUGAAAAUAUCGGAGGGUUUGGUGAGGGGAACCAGAAAGGAUUGAUGUUUCAAAUUGCCUCAAAACGCUAUAGAACAGUGGAUGCCUUAUUACAACGCAUGUUUGAAGCAGAAAUACCUCCUGAAGAUGAAGGUCCACCAAUGGAGGACAUUUUGAAUUUGUCACCUAAUGACCUUUAUAUUGAAAAUCCAACAUUCAAUUCAGCAGCCUAGGAUACAGAGUAUAACAAAUCCAACUGGAAAAAGUAGAAUAAAAAAGUGCAGAGAGAAUCCCAGAAAUGCUGCUCACAGCUGAUUUUUUUUUCUAAUAAAAAAUAUUUAUUUUUAUACAGAAUAACUUUUAGUAUGUAAAGAAAAAAGACCAAAUAAUGGAAUAAUGAAUGUACUGUGUGUCAGGAUGAGGGCAUGUCACCGCCUUGGGAACUUUGCACAAAACACUUCCUUAGCGGUCAAUUAAACUGCAGUAUUUCUCGACAAUUUUUUUUUCGGUUGAAGUUUUUGUACUUAUGUACAGCCAUCUCAGAACCUCCUUACAUUCACAUAUAUAUUGGUUUGGCACAGUGUUUCCUCCAGUGUUUGUAGACAGCAAGUAUUUAAAGGGAACCUGUUUCUCUGAACAUGUACUCCGAUUUGCCAGCAUCAUGUUGUAGAUCAGGAGGAGCUGAGCACAUUGCUAUAUAGUUUUGAAGGAAAAGAUUAAUUAAUAACUUGUAAGUUAAUGUUUAAAAUCCUUGCUCUUUCUAAGCUUAGGAGUCCAGUGGGUGGUUGUAUUUAGUGAUAGGUAAGC